CCGAUCUUCUCCUCUCUCUCUCUCUCGGCAGAACGACAAACACAGAAAAGAGGAAGCAGAGCAGAUGACCGCCGAGAAAGGGAAGACGAGAAUGGCGGCGGAGGUGAGCUCCAUCGCCAGGAUGCUCCGCGGGGAGGCGGGGAAUGGUAGGGGCGGCGCCGCGAAGCCGUCGGAGAUGGUGACCAUGGAUCUGCUCGGCGGGUGCGGCGGCGACGCCGGCGUGGAGGAUGACGUCGUCGACCUAGAGGUCAAGGUGCCCGCCGGCUGGGAGAGACGGCUCGACCUGCUGUCCGGCAAGACGUUCUUGACUCCUAAUCGCCACCAGGCCAUCCAAGACGGCCACCAGGACCUCAACCUGCCUCCCACGGCAUCCACCGCCGCCGUUGCCGUCACCACCAACUCCUCCGCGUUCUGCACCCUCGAUAUGGUCCGCUGCGCCCUAGAGCGCGCCGCCGCCGCGCGGUCCGCCACCUCGCCGGACACGUCGUCCUCCUCGUUGGCGUCCACCUCAUCCUCGUCCUCCUCGCUGGGAAAGCGCAGCCGCUCGCCGCCUUCAAGCACGGCGUCGCCCGCCGCGAACCAGGCCAUGCGCGCGUGCGCCUGCCCGUCCUGCUUCACGUACGUGCUCAUCGCCGAGGCCGACCCCUGGUGCCCGCGGUGCGCAUCGAAGGUGCCGCCGCUCCCCAGUAAGCCCGCCGCCCACAGCAGCGGGAAGAAGCCUAGGUUUGACCUGAAUGCCGACGCCGAUGAGACCGAGUGAACGGGAAAAGAUGAUAGACAUUUGGGUUUUUUUUCCUUUCUGGAAAAGUUUUUUCCAGUCAUUAGUUUGUUACUUAGAAUAUGUCAUCAGGAGCAGUUACAUGUUCAGAAAAUUAUGAUCAUAAUUCGUAGGGACAAAAGAUGAAAGACAAAUGAAUUUUUUUUUCUUGUUGGAAAAGUUUUUCAUGUCAUCAAUUGGUUGGGGAAGCGGAAGGAGCUCCGCCGGCUGACGACGCUACAAUGUUCUUCUUCACGGCCGCCGUGGCGGAGAAGCACAUCGGCUUGGCCAUGAGCUCCCCGUCCUUGUGUACCUACUUCAGUGAAUCAUUUGUUGCAUCUGCACCUCUA